AUGCCCCCUCCUGAAACCAAGAAACGUAAACGGACGUUGGCAACUGAAAGCGACCUCGAGGAUGCGGGAGGGCAGGAUUCGACACCCAGGCGCUCCUCCAAGUUCUGGUUUGAAGACGCGAACAUUGUAUUGCAGACCGAAACGUUCAGUUCCGCGUUCACAAAAGAAUCGAGUGCAUCUUUGGUCGCAGGGUGCGCGGUUGUGAUUCUGCAAGACACCGCUGAGAAUAUCAGGAACUUGCUGGCAUUGCUAUACAGCAUCAUGAAAGUGUACGGCUUACUGGAGAAGAAGUUCUUGGGACUAUGUUGUUGGGGAGGAAGUACCAGCUGCGUUCUUGCCAUCUGCUCUGCCAUCUUCAAGGACACAUUCACGGCUUCCCAGCCUGAGGAUCGGCCGCUCAUUGAGGACUGCCUUGUUGCCUUUCACCACAACCGAGUGAUUGACCUCGAUCACAUCCUUGGCCUCCUCUACCGCAGCUUUCGCAAUUAUGAAUUCCCCUCCCCUCUUCCUUUCUCCCUCGUUGCCGCGAUGUAUCGCCUGGGCAAGAAGUACUAA